AUGUACCUCCCGCGAAACCUGAUAGCCCACCUAUACCAGAACCUCAUAAAACGCACACAUGCCGCCGCACCGCCAGUUUUGCUCCUCGUCGCCCUCGAACCAGACGCGCUUUGUGCCUGCCGAAUACUCACCGCGUUACUGAAGCGCGAUUACAUACCCCACAAGAUACAACCCAUAGCCGGAUAUGGCGACCUCUCACGAGCGGCAGAAGACCUGGUACGGCCCAUGCGGACAACAGACGGUGGAAGCGGAGGCGUGGUCAUAUGCUUAGGUGUGGGAGGCAUGGUGGACAUGGAAGAGAUACUGGGUCUGGAUGUGGAUGAAAAUGGAGAGGGUGGAACGGGCGACGUAGAAGUUUGGCUCUUGGAUGCGAGGCGGCCGUGGAAUCUUACCAACGUCUUUGCCGCGCCCAUAAGUCAGGACCCCGCAACGGGAGAGUUUGUGCGGAGACAAGCGGGGGUGGACAAGGGCAAGAUCCUACACUCGUACCAGUCGUCAAGAGGUGGAAUCAUAGUCUUUGACGACGGCGAUAUCGAAGAAGAGCUGCAGGCGGAGCGUGAAGCAUAUGCCGGUCUUGAAGAGAUGCCAGAGGUGGGAGAGGAAGACGACAUUAGCGAUGACUCGGACGAUCAGGAUGAUGAGGAACCGGCGUCUGGACAAGCACCAAAGAAGAGGAAGUCAUGGGGCGAGGAGGACGACUCUGAGGAUGAGAUGACAGACGAUGAGCGACCAGCACAAAGGCGGAGGAGUAAUUCAGGAGGCUCAAUUCCAUCGUCACCCGAACCGAGACGGCGAAGAGGAUUACUGGUAGCGAAUCAAAUAGGCGGCUCCUCCGAUUUCUCUCGAUCAGAUUCCCGCAGCCGCUCUGCAUCCCCCUCGGUAGCCGCACCGAAGGAGAAGUCGUUGAAGAGUCUACGAAGGCAGCUGAUCAAGAAGCGGAACAAGUACGCCUCCACCCUCGACAAAUACUACGGGCUCGGCACCUCCUACUCAGACCCUGUCUCUUCCCUCGUAUACAAUCUGGCAUCAGAACUCGGCCGCGAAGACAACGACCUGCUAUGGAACGCCAUCGUUGGUGUCAGCAGUCUGGAGCUAUACGGACGGACAGGAAGCGGUGUUGGCCUCAAUCCUCUCUCAGCACAAGGCGGUUCAGCUGGAUGGAACGGGAACCGAGGAGAGAAUAUCCGCUCUGUCUUGCGAGACGAAGUGCGACGAUUAAACCCUGUCACAGACGCCUCAAGUGUAUCUCGUAAUGCAACAUUGGGCGAGGUAUGGGGUGUGAUCCCCACAAGUGCUCUUUCCGCAACAGACAAGUCUAUCCGCCUCUCUCCCGAACCACGAUUCCUCCUCCUUCGGCACUGGUCUCUUUACGAGAGCAUGCUCCACUCGCCCUACCUUUCCGCGAAACUACACAUCUGGAGCGACGCAGGACAAAAGCGACUUGCCAAGCUUCUUGCGAAGAUGGGCGUCUCGCUCACUGAGUGCAAGCAAAGAUAUACACACAUGGACAUGGAGCUCAAGCGUGGCCUCCGAGAACGCCUCCUGAAGUUCGCUCCGCAAUACGGUCUCGACGGCCUCGUGCCGCCAAAGUCAAGCACAGGCGACCCGAAGGACGGCUGGGGAUUUGUACGCUGCUGGGGGUGGAAAGCAUGUCUCUCCGCCAUCGACGCUGGUGUCGUCCUGGGUGCCAUCCUCGAAGUCGGCGACGCAAAGAACCUCAACCAAUCGGCCUUGGACAGCUCGAACUUUGUCGGAGCCAACGACCACACUGAGAUGACAUCGACUCAAGAACAACAAGACCUUGCCCAGGAACACAUCACAAGCCGCUUCUGGACGGCAUACGAUGCCUUGGGCGACAUAGACAAGCUCGUCGAACACAUUAGCACAGCUCAACACCUCCACCGUGCCAUCCUCCGUACAGGAACCGCCCUGAUUGAGAAGAGGCAGAUUCGCCACCUUCGCGCCUUCCGCAUGGCCGUUGUGAAAGAAGGCCCUGAUGUACGACUCUUCACUCACCCUGGUGCCCUUACUAAGCUCGCUCUCUGGAUUGCCGAAGCUAUCGUCGAACUCAACGGCACAAAAGGCAAGAACAAAGGCAGUGAGCUCGUCAUGGCUGGCCUGGAUGACUCGCGAGGUCUGUACGUCGUCGUUGGUCUCGGAGGAGGUGGUGCCACCGAGUCAGCAAAGUCGCGUCUCCAGAAACGCGAAGCGAAACUCAAAGCGAAGGAAGCGAGACAGCUUGAAAAGGCCGAGGCAAGGGAAAAACGACGCAAAGCACGUGUUGCACGGAACCUCGCUGCUGGCCUUGAAGAAGAUGAAGUGGCAGAUGACAGUGAAUCCGAGGAGGAGGAAGACGACUCCUCGGACAACGAUUCUGACGAUUCAGAAGAUGAAGAUGACAAUAGAGGAUCGGGAAUGAACAGAUUCGGCAACGCGUUCCAAGAAGUCGUUAGAGAGACAGGCGCCAGAGUGCGCAUGGACAGUUUCGAAGCGUGUGUGAUUGAGAUUAAGAAAGAAGAUUUGAGUGGAUUCUUGGAGAAGCUGAGCCAAAAGGCCGUUGUUGGGUAG